AUGGUAAAGCGCGUCCCCGCAACCAGUGCGGAAUUCCUGCAAGCUUCGUCCACAUCUCUCUCUACGUCCGUACCAUCAAUUCUUGAAACAAAUGGACCCGCAAGUAUAUCAGCAGUAUGGUCGUAUUUUGAGAAGGAUCAGUCUGGUAACUCGAUUUGUAAAUUCUGUGAACGUGUGAUCAAGGGCCACCACUCGUCCAAUCUAUUAUCACAUCUUCGUACUGCUGGACGUACAGAUGCUACACAUCAACAGGCGAAUAAUGUGUGUGAGGAGAAUCGUGAGGCUAAACGCCAUCUUAAGCGUCAGAAGAUUGGGCUACAAAGUGGCCAAUCGGGCACCGAGUUUGGAGCUGGAGCCAUGUAUUCGUCGCCCACUACAUCACAAGCUCUAGUCGCUGCUGUAGCUGCUGCUGGUGGUUCAUCGGGGAUUCUUGGAGCUGUGCUGAAAAGAGAUCCAGCUGCAGCUUUCUACACGUACACACCAGGAUUAGCGAUGAACAAGGAACAGAGCUCAAUCUACGGUAUUCAACCGUUACCGGUGAAUACUGAACAGUUUACUCAAGACUUGGCUCUUAUGGCCUUGAUGGAUAAUUUGCCAUUGGGGUUUGCAACCAAGUCAGGAAUUCACUAUGUGAUGAACCAGUUGUUGGGGGAGAAGAAAUUGCCGAUGCCAAGUGAAGAAGUGCUGGCUAAAAGUAUAUUGUUGUUGCAGGAUAGUGUCUUUCUCACUACAAAGAUGGUGCUAGCCAGAGCCAAGAGUGUUUCUGUGUCGAUGGAGCUCUGGAAGCACCCGGCGUCGACGACAGAUAAGCCAAAAACACAGUAUCUUGCUGUAAAAAUUCACUUUAGCGUCAACUUUCGGCUGUUCAAUAUUGCAAUUGGAGCUGUGCCACUGGAGGAACCGGCUACAUUAGAGACUAUCAAGGAUGUUCUUGAAUCUUACAUGGUACGACUUGGCAUCAAGGAUAAGAUUAUCGCAUGUAUUAAGGAUGAACUCCCGGCAAAGGUCGAGCUGACGGCAUCUGACCUUCCAUCGCACUUCUUGCCUAUUAACUUCGACGGUCGAUUGGUUUUGCCUGAUGCAGCGCAACGCACGCUCCUUCUAACUUCUGCGGUGCAGCACCUGCGUGUCUGCUUGACCCAAGAUAUAUUUGCUAGGGCAUUCCCGGAUGUGGUGGGUCAAAUUGAGGAGUUUGUAGCUCGCUUAGCAAAGAAUGAGAGGGCGAUGCUAUCUCUAAGCCGUAAAUGCCCACUAUUUGACGUUAAACUUUUCUUGGAAGGAUAUGAAGCAAUGUCCUACUACGAAUUCCUUCGCAUCUUUUUCGAGCACCUUUCGACGCUGGAGCAGAUAGCAAAUGCAAACCUGGUGAAGUAUCUCCCGGUAUCAACUGUGGAAUUCAUCAGCUUGCUUGUAAAGAAGUUGCGUCCAUUUUCCCGGUACUCAGAGGCGCUUGAGGGAGAAAAAAGCAAAAAAACAGGCAGCGACAAGGAAGUGAAUAAGAGCGGCAUUUCAAGCAUUUCAACUAUUGCCGCAGCUUUGGUGACGUAUGCAGAGAAACAAGCGCUGUCGGUAGCUGAGAGUGUGCCUGCCCACUUGUGGCCAGCAAUGUGGAAAAGUUUUUUCGAGGCACUUGCAAGGAAGUUGCGUGAUCAAUUUGCAAUGCUACCGCCAGUCUGCUACGCAGCAACGCUUUUUGAUCCACGAUAUAAAAAUCGUGAGUAUUGCUAUUUUUCUCCCAAGAUUGAUUGCGGUGCUGGCAAGGAGUUCCUCCGCCAAAUGUUUACGCGUGAAAGUGCCUUAAUGCAGUCAUCAAAUGCUUCUAGCUCCACUGGACUAUCAUACUCUGGCGCAGACGCCGUUGCUACGACUGCAGCAUCUACUUACGUAGAAAUGACGAAGGAGCCGGCUAGCCCAGCGGGCAACAAUGUUGAACUCGGUGAAGAUGAAGAUGAUGACCUGCUCUCGCACUUGCCGUCUGAAUCGUCAACGUCAUCUGUUCAUGGCGAUAGUGAGAUGAUUGCGACGUGGGAAAAGGAGCUGAGUGCAUUCUUGAGUCUUCCGGUGUCGGAACGCAACGUGGAUCCAUUGGCAUGGUGGAAAACCAAUCAGCUGCGCUUUCCGUUGAUUGCACCUUAUGCUGAAAUAGUUCUCUCGCUACCGGCAGCUUCUUCAAGUGGCGAGACUGUCCAACACAACGUGUACAGUGUGCUUUUACGCACAGAAGGGCCUGGGCGCGAGGCUUCACUAGCUGACAAUCCGACCCUGGUAGAGGCUUUUCUGUGCUUUCAGAAAAACAAAGAGUAUGCACUAGAGUGGUUUCGUUCGGGAUCAAGUGCAAACGGUAUCGCAGAGGCUGCAGGGCUGAGCGCUGAUCUAGAUACCGCUUCUGUGAGUUUCAAGCAUAUUGAGAACGUGUGA